AAUCUUCGUGGUCCAUCGCGGUCGCCCCCGACUCUGAAACCCUAUCUCCGCCUCAUGUAUGCCCGGCCAUCGCCGGCCGCUCCUAGCGCUACCGUCUGCCAGCGUGGCUCCAUCGAAGUCUUCCCCGUGAGCCCCACCGUAUGGAUGCCGUCUGCUACCUCACGCGGGUCCGAUAGCUGCCCUCCCUGGCGCUGGCGGGAUGGCAGCAGUAGCUGCAACUCCAGAGUCGCCUGCUAUCACCACGGUCAUUAUAAGCUGCGAUCCAUGGAUGAAGAGAUUUUGAAGGAUGCUUGUGUCAAACUUGAGGCUGCACUUACGCAUGAAAAACACAGGGAUAUUGAUGGAGAAGUAUUGUGGAGGGAGUUGAUUUUUAUCAAGGAUUUACUUGAGAAAUCUAUGGGUCCUCUUGAUAUACGAAAGUGUUUGGAGAAGCGCCCCUUUUAUCCUUUUGCUAAUAUUGCAUACAGAAUUUUGUUAACCAUUCCAGUUACUGUUGCAUCUGUGGAAAGGAGCUUUUCUAAACUCAAGCUGCUGAAAUCCUACAUGCGUUCUACUAUGACACAAGAAAGACUCAGCGGAUUGGCGACAAUAGCACUUGAGAAUGAUAUCUUGGAGAAGAUUAAUUAUAAAGAUAUGAUUGAAGAUUUUAUAUCAACAAAUAUCAGACGAAUGAUGCUUUUUUGGUAGAGGAUGAGGUUCGUUUAUUACUUUUGUGAUAUAUUUACUUGUUCGGUCUCUUAAAAUGAA